AUGGCGGAACAACUGCAACAAAUGCAGGCGAUGAUGACUCAAAUGCUUGAGGCUCAAAAGAAUUAUUAUGAGAAAAAGCUAGCUGAGAAAUCGACAAAGCGACAGAAGACCACGUUUGAGAAAGUUCCAGAGCUCAAGAAAAAGGAGGACUUCUUGACAUGGCGUGACAAGUUGCUCACGUCACUGAAGAGCGCAGGGCUGGAAGCCCACAUCCUUACCGGCGUGCCGGAACCGGCGGACGACGACGAGAAGCGCCAGUGGCGAUACGACCGGAUCGACGUUGACAACCUCAUCCAGAGCACAAUUGCGGAUAUCAACGUGUGGACCUUGUUGCGAGGACAAGGCUGGAAGGUUACCGACCAGGAUCCGAAAUCGACAUUUGACCAUCUGACACAGCACUUCGAUAAGUACACCCACAAAGCGACAUACGACAUUGCACGAGAGUUUUUCAAUAUCAGGCGUGGCGACUAUGACAAGUUCACCACAUUUCAGAUUCGGCUCAACUAUCUGUAUCAGCGGAUAAAUGAGACUGAUUACAAGAUGCAAGAGUCAGCGGCAACCUUGAACGCCAUCCAGGCGAUUUCCGACGCCUACCCGGAUCUGUAUACCAGGUCGAUGACGAAUCUUCGAAACAACAAGUUGUCGUGGGCGGAUUUGAUGCUGGAAUUCAACGAACUGGCAUCCCAGGAGGCGACCCAGCCGGCAUUGAGCAACGUCAAAUACGGCAAGGACAAGACUAAGAAGGUAGAAGGAGAUGCCACAUCGUCGUCGUCAAACACUCGGUCGACUUCGAUGACCAACAAGAAUAACGAGAGACAGAACUCCUGGAAGUCGAAAAACCAGAGGGUUGACUGCAAGGAAUGCGACAAGGACAUUUACACUGGACAGGCGCAUUGCGGAGGCUGUGGCUUCCACUACCCGAAGGCAUUAAUCUGCUGGUGGUGCAAUCCGGAACAGGCCCCGGAAAACUGGCCGAAGAGAGACAGUGCCCUCAAGGCGAAGGCAACGAAAACCUCCUCGUCGACAUCGACAUCGUUGACUAAAUCGUCGUCGGCAUCUUCGUCGACAACGGGCCCUCUUCAUCAACAGUCUGGUCUGAGAAUGAAGAAUGACGGCGUUCGUUGGGACCAAGACAAUGACACGCUGUAUCACAAAGGGACAGGAAGCCUCCUGAUGGAGUUGUACGAUUAUCGAGGCGUACCAGCUGUCAGAGAUGCACUGCCGACCUCAACCAACAGAGGAAACCAACCGAAACCAGAGAUGGCGUCAGUCCCAUACCGCAAGAUGCACAGAAGGCUAAUGCAUGCCGGCAAAUCAGUUGUUGAAGAAGCAUGUCGGCGUGCAGGCAUCGAAUUGACCGCCAAACAAGAUCACUUUUGCGAAGGCUGUACAAUGGGAAAGAUGACGGACGAACUGGGCAAAUCAGCCCCCAUCCAAGGCGAUAAUCCACUUGACUUCAUUCGUGUCGACACGGUUACUCAUGAAAAACCGGGAGCGUUGGGAUAUAAAUACAGCGUUCACAUCAUUGACAUCGACACGAACUUCCACUGGGUCAAAUACACCAGCACAAAGGGUCAGAUCUUCGACCUGUUGAAGGACUGGGUGGUCAUGGUUCACACCCAGACAGGUCGUUGGGUGAAGAUGAUCGGCAUUGAUGGCGGCACCGAAUUCGGACAAUCGCCUAUUCCAUUCGUUGACGAUAAGUUCAAGAGGUGGGCGAGGGAGAAAGGCAUUGUGGUCCUUCAGACCCCUCCACACACGCCGUGGAUGAACGGCAAAGUUGAACGCGCGGCGAGGGAGGUUCUGGAUAAGACGCGCGCGACGAUGAUUGCGUAUCAGAUUCCAGAACACCUCUGGACCUUCGUGAUGGAAUCAGUCGUUCAAGUCAAAAACGUACUGCCCACGAAUGCGAAUACGGGCAACAGGUGCCCACAAGAGGCCUUUGCGAAAGGUGUCGGCAUGCCAAAGUCGACAUGGACGCCACACAUCACCCACUUUCGAGCCUACUUUUGCGAGGCGUAUUACUACGUCAAACCGAAAUACCGGGUCCAAUCCGACAAGUUUGCCGCGCGCGCCGAGAAAGGACGUCUGAUCGGUUACGCUGACCUGCAUGGCAAAAUAUACUGGAUUUGGAAUCCGAAGACCGGGAAGAUCAUUCGCGCCAGCGCAGUCAAGUUCAACGAAGGCCCAGACUUUGUUCCUGACGAAGAUGUCGGAACGGAUGUCGAAUACGAAGCAGUUUUUACCGACACGACAACGCAAGAAGAAGAAGAAGCGGUCGUGGAAAAACAAGACUGGGUGACAAUUACCCAUCCGGAUCAAACAACAACAACAACGAUUAGCCUUCAGGGGGGGGAUUCCACUGCGACAGAAAAUGAACUGCCCGCAAUCGAGAACGAACCUCAACAGAGCGACGAAACAACGGAAAUGCAGAAAGAAAAACAUGUCGCUCAAUUACCGACUCCAGAGGCCACUCCAGAACCAACGCUUGAUGCGGAGGAUCGCAUGGAGAUUGGGAGAGAUCUUCCAGUGCCAAUUAACCAUCUGUCGCCAGGAAUUGGCAAUUUGGUGACCGACGAACCCGGAACAGUGGCACCGACUACGUUGUCGACCCGCCCGCGGCGCCAAAAGGCUAAAUACGGUACCGGCACAGAGGAAGGUUAUUAUGCUAAAUUGAGCAGGGGUGAAUUGCCGGGACAGUCGUUUUAUGCGGCGCACCUGGAUAUCCCUGAACCCGACGAACCAACAAUUGGCAUGGCGCUUUCAAGUGUGAAGGUCGAGAACGACAUUGCGCAAUACCUGCAACCCCAAAUACCGAAGAACCAUCGACAGGCGAAACGCCUUGAGAACUACAAGGAUUACUGGCUCAAGGCGAUGUUGAAACAAGAUGCCAGCUUGCGCGACAAAGAAGUCUACGAAUUGAUUCCGAAACGCCCAGGCAUGACGAUUUUGCCGAGCAAAUGGGUAUUUGACGAAAAAAUGAAUCCGUCAACGGGAACAACAGAUCCACGCGCAAGAUGGGUUGUUUGUGGCAAUUUCGACAAAGACUCUUGGAAUAGUGAAGACGUUUUUGCCGCCGUCGUCAACAGCGUUUCAGUCCGUACAUUUCUUGCUGUCGUCGCAGUGCGAGACUUGGAAUGCCUGCAAUACGACUUCAUAACAGCGUUCUUGAACACGCCGAUUCCGAAGGGCAUCGACUAUUACGUUGAGCCCCCAGAAGGUUUGGACAUUCCGCCUGACAUGGUUUGCAGGUUGAGAAAGGCACUUUACGGCCUGCGGAAAAGUCCACAAUACUGGUUCAACACGGUCAAACCUUUACUCGAAGAAAGAGGCUUCAAGGCACUCGAAACAGAUGCCUGUUUGUUUCGACACAAACGCUACGACAUUCUUCUGGUGCUUUACGUCGACGAUCUUUUGAUUGCGGCGCCCUCGACCGCCAUGAUCCACACGGUCCGCGACGAAAUUAUCAAGCAGUUCGAAUUGAAAGAACUCGGCCCGGUGAAACGGUUCCUGGGCUUCGACAUCGUCCGCGAUCGCAAACAAAAGAAGAUCUUCGUAUCACAAGAAAGCUACACACGGGCAUUACUGGCAAAGAGAGAAAUGUCAGACUGCCAUCCGACGCCAACACCGUGGCCCAGUAAAAUGGAAUUGCCGGCGACAUGGGAACCAGUGAUGAAACGCCAGAAGGCGUAUAUCAAAGAUACCGGCUCCCUCAAUUGGCUUGCGUGUGGUACAAGACCCGACAUCGCGUAUACCGUUUCGAGGCUGGCGGAGGCCAACGCUGGCCCAUCACAAGCGCACCUGGACCUACUUAAGCAUGUGUUUCGAUAUCUGAAAGGCACAACGGAUCUCGGCAUUGAGUUCGGCGGCGACGAAAUUAGCUGCGACGACAUGCGAAUGAUGGCGUUUGCGGAUGCAUCGCUAGCCGACCGACUACCAUCACGACAAUCGACAGGAGGCCAUUCGGUCUUCCUUGCCGGGGCACCAGUACUCUGGAAGUCAAAGAAACAAACCUUCGUCGCAUUGAGUACGACGGAAGCCGAAUUUACCAACUUGACACCCACCGCAUUGUCGACAAUGUGGGUGUCGCAGAUCUUGAAGGACUGUGGCAUUCCACAGAAGAUACCGACAGUGAUUUUUACGGACAGCAACAACGCGUACAAAACGGUACUUAACCCGAUGAACAGAGCGCGCACACGGACGAUUGAUAUCCGCUACAAGUGGAUAAUUGAGAAGGUUCAGAAAGGAGAGUUGAGUGUCAACCAUUUGCCCGGGGCACAGAUGCCAGCCGACGGUUUGACAAAGCCGUUAUCGAAGGAGAAACACGCGGCAUUUGUGGGGAUGAUGGGCAUGAGAGCGAAGAAGAUUCCGUGGGCGAAGUAA